AUAUAAAUGUAGAGGAGGACAUAGCAUAAGUUGUAACACAUUACCAGGGCCAGAAAAAUAUAUUUGUGUCACAGAUCCUUCUGGAAAGAAUCUUUACUCCAUGUGCUGUGUGGAUUCAGCGUGCUAUGAUAAUUCUGGGAACAUCCACAGAAACUCUGAAGGUGAAUGGACUGAACUGGAUGGUUGUACAAAAUGUACAUGUGAAUCGAACAACAUUCGCAAUUGUGAUAGCACAGCAUGUGAAAACAAAUGUGGUGAAUACUCAGAGUUUUCUCCAUGCCCAGUUAACUCAUGUGGAAAAAAGAUCAAGAUAAGAAAAUGUGAAGAAUCACAGCGUAACACUGAACUGAGCAUGGAUAUAUGUCUUCCCCAGCCCCCAGCACAAUGUCCACAACCAGGGAUUGCUUUAACUGAAGCAAUUCCAAUCAUCCCAGGGGGAAAUGAGGUGUCUCCUAGAUUCAAUUACAGAUGGGCGGUUGCUAUAUAUUAUGCAGGUAGUAUUCGCUGUGGUGGCACAAUUCUCAGUCCAAAUCACAUUCUAACAGCUGCUCAUUGUUUUUAUAUGAUGGUUGAACCUCCAUAUAAAAAUAGCAAAGCUUGGAUUCAAAGGUCUUACGAAGUUAAAACAGGCAAACAUCAAUUAUCUUCAUCAGAACCUAAUGAACAAAGUAAAUCGAUUAAAGAUGUUUUCAUUCAUGAGGAGUUUGAUAUAAACACAUUUAAUAAUGACAUUGCUAUCGCUGUACUUGAUUCACCCAUUCAGUUUAACAAUCAUACACAUCCAAUUAAGCUUCCAGUUCACAACAUAUUUAAUCAACGUAUCAAAAAGAAAUUAAGAAAAGGUCUAUGUAAAGUUAUAGGAUGGGGAGCUACUGAUAGUAGGGACAUACAUAAUUCUAAGUCUGAUGUUUUAUUGGAGGCAGCAAUUAAUCUUGAAGAAUACUGUACUCUUACAAACCCAAAUGAUACAGCAAAGGUGACUGACAAGAUGUUCUGUGCAACUGCUAUUAACCCUGAAAAUGUACCCAUAAGACUGGAUGCAUGUCAAUAUGAUUCAGGGGGUCCUUUAAUGUGCCGUGAAGGGAAAGAAUGGUAUCAGUAUGGUAUAGUAAGUUGGGGACCUAGUGAUAAAUCAUGUGGGGCCCAAGCUGGGGUAUACACU